CGCCCCUCACCGGUGGACUACGUAGAAAAACGAGCGUUCAAAUGUGACGCAAAGCUUUUUCUUUAAAAACAUUGUCGGACAUAAGGAAGUAAGAAAGAGGAGAUCGAGAGAGGUCUGAGGAACCGGCUUCAUAUUUAACUAAAUAACAAAACACGGAGUGUUAGUCUUACCAGAAACAGCAGAAACAUGGUCACUAAAGCAGCCUUAGAAGGCAGAGAUUUGUACUUUUAAAUGAUAAUAAUUACAUACAUAUUAGCUAGCUGAUAGCUAACAUUCCUGUAACGUUGACUUUUUACAACCGCUCAGCAAACAUGCCACGUAUUCCUCCGCGUCUUACGUGGCAAUUAUUUUGCUUUAUUUGACUGAUGAACGUCCGUAACGUCACCGGUGUGACGUCACGGACACGUCAUGCAGAGGGUCAUUACCUUCACCGUUAAAGUGUAGUCAACUUCAAUGGAGAGAAACAGCGAGGAAGGGGCAGCUGCUGAUGAAGACGAUGAAGACCAGGCAGCCGGUUGGAUGGGAAGGCCCAGCGGGUCGCAGGAUGGAGAAGAGGAGGGGACACGCGGGACGUCCACAGGUGGGGUACCCGACCCUCCUGUGGACGUUGCAGCUCUCAGGCUCUGCAGAGAGCUCUUGCACCAGGACCAGGAGAAAUCCAACAGGGGGACCGGACCCACGGUGUCGAGUGGCGUGUUGUCCGGCAGUCCAGCGGAGAGAGACGCCCCCUCGGUGUCUCCGUCCAGCCUCGUGGACACAUUUGGUCCCUCCACCUCGAGCCUCGCCUCCUCUUACUUCUCCACCCAUCAGCCUUCCUCCUCCUCCUCCUCUUCCUCUGUCUUGCCUCUGACUCCACCCUUGCCUCCUUCCGUGGAGCUUGCAGCUCUGUUGACCGAUACGAGGCUGACCCUGGACGUGUACAGGGGAGGAGCGGCCGCGCUGCCUCUGCUUUGGGGGUCCGUCCCGGGGCUGCUGAGGGGCCUCCAGUACCUGAGGUUGGGCUCUGAGGAUAAGCCGGGCCUGGAGGAAGCGCUGGACGUAUUACCCCAUCUGACGGAGCUGCGUUCACUGGCUGCCCGGGGGCACCGUUUUAACAACUCAGAAGGCGACCCGCUGCCUGGCCUCCUCGCCACUUUGCCCUCCUCCGUUUCCCACCUCUCUCACCUGGUGCACCUGGAUCUCUCCUUCAACCAGCUCACCUGUCUGCCGUCCUGUCUUCUCAGCUUGCCUGCGCUGUCUUUUUUGCUUCUCGGUCACAACCACCUCUCAGAAUUGCCUCCUGAUAUCGGACAGCUGUCCUCCCUCACCUACCUUUCCCUCCUGGGGAACGAGCUGGUCUCCCUUCCCCGCAGUGUGGGUCGGCUGAAAGCUCUGCAGACACUGGACUUUUCGCAUAACCUCCUGCAGCGGCUGCCCGAUGAAAUUGGUUCCCUGGAGGGCCUUGUUAAGCUGGAAUUGUCUCACAACAAGCUGAGGCAGCUGCCAGAGAGCAUGGGCUCCCUCCUCGCCCUCAGGGAGCUCGUCAUCUACAGCAAUGACCUGCGGCUGAUCCCCCACUGCCUGAACGAACUGCCCCUGCUGAACAUAGAUGUGCGUGACAAUCCUUUGGGACAAUCCCCCAGCCCUCCUCCUCUCUCUCCGACACCUGAUCAAACCGAAACGAAAAUUCAAGAGCUGCACCUCGGAUUUCACCAGCACAGUUUCUGCGUUUCGCCUGCUGGGUGUCAUGUGUUUCUCCCAGGGGGGGCUGAGCUGCUGUUCCCCCCUGGGUGCCUGGUGACAACCACAAGACUGAAGUGGGCUGAGAAGAGGCCAGAAAGGAAGUGGGUGUGGCUGGAGGAGCAUGACCUGUUGCUGAGUCCGCCAUUGGAACUUAGACCUCAUGGAAUUACCUUUCUAAAGCCCGUGGAGGUGUGUGUGCCAUAUCAUCGGGCGAAAAGGAGGCAGGUGCUGGUGCAGAAGUUUGACGGCCAGUCGUGGAGCACGCUGCCCACGUUUCAGAGGAGAGGCAGUCCGAGUCACAGCAGCCACCCCGGAGGACGUCCCGCCAGGCUGGCCUGCUGUGCGGUGAGCCAGUUCUCUUGGUUUAUGGCAGUGUCCCGUCCGGUAACGGACAGUUGCUCCGUCACACCAACUGGAGCCCUGCUGGUGUCCAGCGCUGACGACGGGGUGAAGCUGCGCUUCCCUCCCCGCUGCACGGUGCAGAGCCGCACCGUCACUCUGCAGGUGCUGCAGGUGUCCGUGUCACAGGUCCGGGCGCUGUGUGGGGAUCCUCAGGCUAGUGUUAGCCCCCUGCUCUGCCUCUCGCAGGCCCCCAGCAUUCAUUUCCUGCAGCGCAUCGAGGUCCAGGUGCCUCUGCCUUCGGGAGUCACGGGCCAGACGUGUGACAUGUCCUGUUUGCAUCUGCUGCACGGGGAUCCCACCGCCCAGACCUGGACCGACAUCACAUCGCAAGUCUCUCUCUGCGUCACCCAUCUGUAUGCCACUUUCUACAUUACACAUUUCUCCUGGUACUGGCUGUGGUACACCACACAGCAGUGUGUUAGCGGGGUGGUCAGGAAGGUCUACCAGAGGCUGAAGCAGUUUAAAGUCCAGUUCCUGGUCCUCCAGAGGAAGACUGAUCCGUCUCAAGUCAUGCUACAGUGUUUGCCCGCUAACAGGGUGGACGGCAGAGUGCAGUCCCUGGCAGAGCGAUACGAUGGGCCUCAGCCCUCCGACCUGUGUGACCUGCUGGAAGGAGAGCAGUUCUUCGCCGGCUUUGAGAGGGGCUUGGAUAUCAGCACAGAGAGACCAGACUGUGUGGAGGGAAGACUGUGUUUUGUCUUUUACUCCAGCCUGAAGAAUCUGAAGGAGGUGUACAUCUGUCCAGCUCAGGAUCAGAAGGGCCCAGUGAGGGGACAAGUGUCUUUCUAUAGAGGCGAGUGUCCCAGAAAUCUGCCUGAGGAAGUGGCGAGAAAACGGAAAGGACCCGACAGUCAGUGGCUGGCAACUUUACCACUGAGACUUCCUGCUCUAAAUUCUGAAAACAAUUUCAUGGUGGAGGAGCUCCAGUAUCCUCCUCUGAACCUGGGCGACCCAGAGAGCGGCUACCUGACCGAGGCCAACCUGCUGUCCAUCUCUCUUCAGAUUGGACAGGACUGGCGGCUCAUUGGCAUCAAUCUCGGUUUAAGCUACCAGGAGUUGGACCGCAUCCAGUACAAGCACAGGGACAACCUGGGCGCCUUGGUCCUGGAGAUGCUGUUCCACUGGGCCCGGGGACAGACCGACACGGGAGCGGCAUCCAGGCUGGUGGCCGCCAUGACCGAGAGCGGCAGGAGGGACCUGGCGGAGGAGAUCGAGGACAUCGUCAGCAUAGGAAGGAGAAAGUACUCUGACUCCCUGAGGAGGGUGGGCCUGGAAGAGGCCGGCGAGGCGCGAGUGGAUGAACACCCGGCGGCCGCAGAUGGCCGACUUGCACUCGAGUAACCGGUUCACACACAAGGUGUCCCCGUCAUCUCGUCUUACUGUGCAAACAGUACAGUACUUAAUCAUGGUAGCCAGCUAACAGCUGGUAGGUGCUUUCAUGUGACCUACGGGAAGGCGGAUGAAAUGGACUGCAUGAAGAUGAUGGCUUGAGGCUGAAUUUUUACACUUUUAAAAAAACAACUCUGUUUUCAACACUAUGGAAGCCCAUUUCUGUCGGGAAAAGAUAAGUGUCAAAAGUUAUAUAAUAUGAAACAUGUCAAUGCUCGUGGUAAAUCAAAAGGAAGUUACUUGCUGUGUCACAGUUUUGUCUAAAAACCUCAUAGCUGUGAGUUACAGUAAUCUCAUAAUUGAUUCGUCACAAUUACGACUGGUCGUCCCAUCAUUUGACACACUAUUGUGACGCAGCACCUGAACAUGUUAAUUGUAGUAUUUCUGACUUACCAUGGGUAUAUUUAAUCAGUUUAAUAAUACUAUUUAUUGCUUUUGUGAGGAGGCGAGCCCUGGGUGCUGUUGGCCUUUGGACGCCUGCAGCACUUACUUGAAGUCAACAGCAGGCCAUUCUUAUGGUGGAUUAAGUGUCUUCCUGUGUGCCUUCGGGCAUCUAGAAACCAGUUUAACAGCAGCACAUAUUUGCGACACAUCAGGACAUUUGUUUUUUUUUAUGUGCAAGUAUGAUCUUUCACAAAUUUCAUC